CCGUUGCUCCGCCCCGUGGCCUGCGCGCUUGCGGAGAGGUCCAAGGUCAGAGGUUGCGGAGCCGUCAUGGCGGCGCUGUGUCGGACCCGUGCCGUAACUGCCGAGAGCCACCUCCUGCGAGUGUUUCUCUUCUCUCGGCCCUGUCGAGGCGCGGGCACCGAGAGUAGCUCCGGGAGCGGGAGUUCCGACUCCACAGAGCCUAAAAUGGGCCAAGGCGGCUUCGCGAGCGCUUUGGAGCGGCAUUCGAAGCUGUGGCGGAAGGCGGAGCUCGGGCAGAAGACGGGCUCUCCAAAAAAUGUGGAAUCCUUUGCAUCUAUGCUGAGACAUUCUCCUCUUACACAAAUGGGACCUGCCAAGGAUAAACUAGUCAUUGGACGAAUCUUCCAUAUUGUAGAGAAUGAUCUUUAUAUAGAUUUUGGUGGCAAGUUUCAUUGUGUAUGUAGAAGACCAGAAGUGGAUGGAGAAAAUCUUCUCAUCUCCUCCUUGCAAUGGAUAAGCUUUUCAUCAUGCUCCCAUGGGUGCUACCCAGGUGCAAUGGCCAUCUUUAUUUUUACAAGCUGACCUAACUUGCAGCCAGAACAUCAGGAAAUACCAAAAGGGAACCAGAGUCCGACUGCGGCUAUUAGAUCUUGAACUUACAUCUAGGUUCCUGGGAGCGACUGCAGAUACAACUAUACUAGAAGCAGAUGCAAUUCUCUUAGGAGUCCAGGAGAGUAAAG